CCGUCACCCCGUGCUUCAGCAUCUCGUAUUUGCCAAUGCAUCCAGGGUUCCCCGCAGCAAAUGCCUCUGAUGGCGACGGGCAUGUGGAGCUUCUGCCAAUGUUAGCACGCAAUUGCGGCUAGCUUCCGCGUGCCUGGUAUUUCAGUUCGCCUGCCCGCAUCGAGCUGCCUCGCUCGAGACGACCAGUUCGCACACUGCCUUUCAGCCCCAGCACAGAUCAAUAUGCCCUCCAAAUCACGUGGACUGAGGACUUCGACAGGCUGCUUGACGUGCCGCAAGCGCAAAGUCAAGUGCGAUGAGAGUCAUCCAAAUUGCAAAAAUUGCGAGAGAGUCCACCGCGAGUGUGUAUAUGCUGAAAAAGCUCCUACACCCCGACGGCCACGAGCAUUAAGCGCGUAUAACCCCGACGACAUUUCAGCUACCACAGAUUCUGUGACAGGAAAUAAUGAGACCGAGCCAAGAUCUGCAGGCGUCUCAGCGCUAAGUGCAGAGCCCGUAGAACCGAUACAAUCGUGGGGACCUUUCCCCGCAGAACAGCCAGGGCUCUCCGAGAGCGUGAUACCCAACGACGACUUCUUCCUUGACGACAGUCUUUUUAAUUUCGGGGAUAGUCUGACCCCCAACUUUGGACCAGUCGAAUGGUAUGAUCUACUCGCCGAAGACGCGAUCAACAAUAUGCAAGGACAAACGCAUAGCAAUCGCUGGAAUUUCGACAUUGCUAGCCUUUCAAGAAGACAAUCACCUCGACAGUCUGUUUCUCUAGAAACGAAUGAUAACCCUUUCAGCAACGUCGAUGUGCAUACUAUUGCGAUACCUGAGCAACCAUGGAACACAGAGACGAAGAUUGAGCUGAAACGACAAGAAUUGGUGUACUUCGAACACUACGUCAGCGUGGUAGCACCAAUACUGGACUUGUUCGACCCGGUGAAGCAUUUCGCUAAUGUUGUGCCUCAUCUUGCCUUGCAUAAUGUAGGGUUGCUGAAGUCUUUAUUGGCAGUGGGUGCCUGUCACAUGGCGCUAUUUCAGGAUCAGGAUGCAAACAACGAUAUUGCGUCACAAGCGCCGCCUGGCACGCCCGCUUCAUCUUCCAGUGCAUCGCCGACAAUUCGAACGCUUGCUGAGCAAUUUUAUUAUGAAACACUGCAAUACCUAUCUCAGAAUCUACUGUAUCAGUCGUAUACGAAGUCUCGCGAAAUACUCGUCACUGCUAUCAUGAUCUCGACAUAUGAAAUGUUUGGGACAGCUAGCACCUCGGAUCAUAGUAACUGGGAUCGCCAUCUAAGGGGAGCAUUCUGGAUACAACGAAAUUCAGACACAAGCGGCGAGUCUAACGAUGGCUUGCAACGAGCAGUCUGGUGGGCAUGGCUACGGCAAGACGUCUGGGCGGCUUUCCGUACUGGGCGGCCGGCACUGACAAUACACCAGCCUAGAGUGCCGAUGGCUGAACUUACAUCAGAAGGGCUGGCUACACGUAUUAUAUACAUCGCAGCAAAAUGCGUACAGUUUGCUGCAACACCUAAGCAGGGUGACAUCGCCGGAUACAUCGAAGCAGGAGAAACGUUAUUGCGGAUGCUAGACGCAUGGAAGAGUCUUCUACCGCCAAGCUUUGAGCCCAUACCCAUCCAAUCUGGACAUCAUGUAUCUUCACCGAAUCCAGCGCUCGAAGCGAAUCUGACGCCAAUAUGGAUACAUCCUCCCGCGCAUGCCGCUGCUAUUCAGAUGUACCAUUUUGCACGAAUCAUAAUGGUACUCAAUCAGCCAUCUACCGGAGGUCUUAACAUGUAUCAGACACGCUUCAAGCUCCUACGCGAAAGCACUUCGACAAUUUGCGGUAUAGCAUUAGCACAGCAAUCGCAGAACUCACCCUCGGCUUUUGUUUGCUUCCAGGCUAUCUAUGCAGCGGCACUGUGCACGGAGACAAAAGAUCGCCAGGCAGAAAUACUCGAAAUUCUUAGGAUGGUCUUGAGUAUCAGCAAGUUUCCGUCGAUCACAAUACUAGAUGAUCUAGUAAACGUCUGGGGUGGCAACACAAAUUCAUGAUACAUGCGAAACUCCUGGAAUCGUCUUACAACUGUGUACAUGAAUGGCUAUGGCGUUGAGUGACGCAUCUCAAGUAACGCAUAUUGGAGAGUGACGCCCAUCUACAGUGUAAGCAGUUCUUCAAAUGUACGGAGCUUCUCAUUCCAGAAGCCAUCAUGCUAGUUAUUAGGAUUCAACACAGCCUGCCUAUCGCAUACCCCAGGUUCGCGAUUCUGGGGCCCCGCAUCCAUGAGACCUUGAGGAAACUUGGUAGCUGCGACAUCUCGCAUCGAGCUCCAAUCGGAUUCUA